AUGGACGCCGCUGGCCGAGACAACUGCAUAUGGUUCAAGGAACUGAAUUCGUUGAUGAGCUCGCGAAGGUCUCGGGAAGAAAACAACAUUAACACAACAACAACAACAUUGACAAAAGGGUAUAACUCUCGGAAAAAUGGAGCAGCGAGUAGAGCCAUCGGAAAUAUACAGAGAUUCCUGAAGAAGAAAAUUGAGUUUCCGGAAUACUGGGAUGUGCUGUUGCCUAGUGCGCCGUUGAUUGGUCGCUCUAGUUUCAAGCUCGAUCAGUGUCACUGCAGUCGCAGUAUUCGUGUGGGAGACCUAGUGUCGAUGGUCCCACAAGCCGCUCGUGAGGAAACGGUGGCAUGCGUGCUAGAUGCAGCGCGGAUUUUUGCGACGUGGUGGGACACUAGCUCCAUAAGUCUCGAGGUACAAAGGAUCGUGGAUAAAUCGUUCCUGGCUAUUAACCCAGAGGCCAUCGGGGCUAGCUUACAGAAAGUGGUGUUGCAGUUCACUGAUAAGUCACUGAUAAGUGGAUGGCAGUGGGAUACAACGAAAACAAUAGAAUUCGGAUGGAGUAUCGCGUGUCAGCCCGAAUGGUCUGAUAUUUGUUUGACCGUGGAAGAUGCGAACGAACACCCGCGUGUAGUAGUCGCAAUGCCGGAGGUCCUCCACAGACUGCAACACUGCUUAUCGACAAGGACUAGGUUCUUCUAUUAUAAAUCAUUCAAGGACAUUCGCACAACGAACAAUAACCUUUUUUGCUAA